AUGGAAGUCUCCCGUGAGGAGGUGGUAACCGCGACCGACAUAAAUCAAACGCAGCAAGUUGAUGACUUGAAGCGACAGGUAUUCGAGCUCACCGAGGCCAACAGAGAAUUGCGUGAGCUCGUGGAGAAACUGCGGAUCGAGAAUGCUGAGUUGUCGAGUACAGCGCGAGCUAAGGUCCCCGAUCCCCCGACGGCUCCAGGCCGAGCAGCGCUCCCAGCACCGCCUCCACCCCCACCGCCACCUCCUCCUCCUCCGUCAUCGCUCGCUACAAUCGAUAUCAGCAAAGCUCUCAAGGAACGACGGAAUGAACCGAAGAAAGCUCCCGCCGAACAGAAUACGCCAGCUGCUUCACAGCAGACUCAAUUGAUGUCGGAAGUUGUGGAGUUCCUCAAGAACAAAACCCUGGGCAGAAGUCGAAUGAAGCGGUCGAUGACUCAGCCGGAUCUCAGUGCCGACUUCGAGAACUUCCGGCGGAGCCGGGAUCCGCGGAGUGACGACUUCAAAGACGAGGAGCAGGAGCGAGUUCGCACCGACAGGGGCGAUUUGCUGGCUCGAGAGCUCGAUGAUUUGAAGAAUUUAUUGAAGAGCAGUAGCACUCUCGCCAAGACCCCACUCGAGUCUACGAAGUUCUCGAAAAACCAGAAAAGUGCCGUGAGUCUCACGGUGGAUGCGAAGUUCGAAGCUGAGAAUAAUCCUCCGAGGAAGAGACGCGCAUCGGUAUCCGAAAUCAAAGCCAAGCUAGAGUCGGCAAAAACGUCAAGUGAGCCCAAGCCUUUUGAAUUGGCCCCGAUAGAGAGUAUUUCCAAAAAAUGUAGCAAUAUCUCUCCUCGGCCAGCUUCCCCGGUGGCGCUCGAGUCUGAGCUCAUUACUAAAACCUUCGUCGGGAGCAUGACCUUCGACGAUGAAACCCCAGCAUUCGAUUUGAGAAUCGCGUCGAGAUCGAGUGGCAUCGCCAGCAGCCUUCGUUCAGAGAGUUUAUCUCGCUUGGAUCAAUCCACGUCUGAUAUCGAAGAUGAUAACAAUCUAGGGAGUCCGACGAGUCCUCGGAUUGUGAUCACACCUGUCGAAGAUCUCCAAGAGAACCCAUUCGAGCUCGCUAUGCACUCAUCGACGAACCUCGACGUAAAAGUUCAAGAAAAGAGACCCAGCGAGGAAGUACGUCAAGUUCUCUCCGUGUCGAUGCCAGUGGUGCGGCCUGUGACGCUGAAGCUCAACGGAUCAGGCAACCAUCCUCAGGAGGAGCAAAAGAAAAUCGCCGCGCAUCACACGGAAGAUAAGAGACGGUUCUGGGAGAACGCGGCCCACAAAGGGAAUAGUGCACAGAGCUCAAGGAGGAGUCCCACGUUGGAAAGGUUCCAGAGCGCUGCGAAAGCUUCUGUGCAAGCGCAGAAGGCUAAAUUCGUCGCUGCGAACUCGACCCCACCCGGUGAAUCGAGUGUAGGAAAACGACAGCCCGUCAGAAAAUUCCGUUGA